GAUGAGGUUUCAUUCUACUGUCGUGUAGUAUGAAGGGUGUAUUUCGUAAUAUUUGGCUCCCCGAUUGGACAUUAUCAGCUGAAAAGGCGCAUUUUUUUCAUCAUGUGAGAUAGCACACGGCGCGUCUGCUCUGCUGACGCGAUGCGUGCGUGGGAGGUGUAAACACGUCGCAUUAAUACUGCAAAAGCACUGAACUUCAUCGUCGCACCGUUAGGCGGCUUCGAAUCUCUGACAGUACGGAAAGCCACGGGCUUCAGUGUUCACACUUAGAGAGGUCAAUAUACCGGCCCAGGAUCACGUUUAGGCCCCCACCAUGCCAUCAAGCAGACCACAAAGGCGUACUCCUCGGACCGAAUCCAUGCAGGGCACCGCCGGUAUGACCUUUCGCGCUCCUGUCCAUACUAAUGCAAGCGAGCUUGCCGAGUCGCUGCUACAAGACCUCGUCGUGACGUCGCAGAUUCUCGAACUAGACCUUACAGACUGUGUCAUCCUCGACCGAUACUGGGUGCACGAAUAUAUAGGCUGGUGUCACAACGUGCUGCGCCUUCGCUGCAUCGCAUGCCCACUCAUUCCGAGCUCACUCAUACAGACCUUGAGCAGACGGUUUUGGAAGCUGCAGCACAUCGAGUUUACACUGGCGACGCCGCCUGGCGAAUUCGACCGGGAGAUUAGAGAACUGCAACGACUGAAACCAAGACACCAAGUGCGGACCGUACGCCGAGUGUACGUCGAAUUGGACGGCCGACUCAACUGCUGGCUGCUUCGGUCGCUGCUGACGUAUUUCCCCUUAAUGCAACGCUUGCAUGUACACCUUCUCAGCGGGAGCUUCAAGGAAGUGGUGCAGGCUAUUCUGAAAAUCAUAGAUGACAGUUCCUUUCUAGAAACCUUCACGUUCAGCUCUGAGGUUCCUUCACCAAUGCAGCAAGUGCCUAGGGAGGCCGCUGAUCUUUUGGUUUGGUCUUUUGCCUGUGGCAACGUCACUUACUGGAACUUUGGCGAGUCGUUCAGCUGCGCUCGGUUAAAAGACUUGGCAACCGCACCUGAGUGCCGAAACCUUCCCUCGCAGUUGGUGCUGGUCGUGGAGCACGACGAAGACUUGGUCAACGGCAGAAUCGGCGAUGCUAUCCACGGACAUGUCUGGUCGCAGGUCCGCUGUAUGUGUCUCGUCUUAUUCCCAGGGCAGUCCUUGUCCACCACUUAUCCGAGGGCUGAAGGGGACUACUUGGACGCUCUCCGAGAGUUCACUCCCGUGCUCGAGCACAUCGUCGAGCUGAACGUCAGCUCAUUCCACUUCGGUCCGGGCCUCGACCUGGUGCAAGUCCUCCAGGACGGAGCGUUGAGGUUCCUGCAAGCGCUCUCGGCGCCGCCUUGUGGGCUUCGCCAUCCAUUCGCGCUGCGCCGCCUCGCCCAGCUCUGCCGGAACCUCGAAGAGCUGGACAUUCGCUUGGACCGGCGGGGGCGCUUCGAUGAAUGCUCUACCUGCAAUCUGGAGUUAUGCUUUGACGCGGAAGAUCUGGCCGCACUACACGACGAUGUACCAUCGUACCGUUGCGGGCUCCAUCGGCUGACUUUGAGCGACGUGCCAGCGCUGACGUCACUACGCUUCUUGGAGCGAUCUGAGGUGGUCGAACUACGUCUCUCCAGCUGCAUACAGCCAUCGCACCCGGACUUUCAGGACAUCGGAGAAGUGUUGAGCAAGAACGGGAGACUCCGUUACCUUGUGCUCAAGGACAAGGACCUACCGUUCGGUUCGACGUCCAUGUUGACUAACAUUCGCCGGGUCCAGUUCCUGGAGUACUUGUGCCUGGUGUCUACUGCUCUUGUGGAGAGUCACGUCGUCGAUAUGCACGUCACGGAGCUUGUCUCCACGCUUCCGCACUUACGCUGCUUCCACGCCCAUUAUCGGGACAAGGAUGACGACCUCGAGAAACGGAUCACGUGGAUGCGGCGUGACGACGAGCGUCAGAACAGCGUCCUAGUUGAGGAGAGCCCCUGUGUUCUGUGCUCCACAGCCACCUUCAUAGGACUCGCCAAGCCACGCAACCGCGGCUUCAGGGCAACUCUGUAGGGCUGGACGCGACAGCUGCACUGAAGUGGUGCACUUCUGUGCUAUUGCUCCCGUUCGCAGAACAGUGCUCGCGUGAACCACGAUCUCCGAGAACGACAGUUGGAGCCUUUGACGUGAACAAUUCAGUUCGAAUUGGGUUUACAUGGGCAGGUUGAGAGAUGCGACACACGUGGAAAGACAUUAUAUCCUGCACGGGGAGACAUUGCAAUGCAAGUUAGUUCUGGCCUACCAACGUCAACUUGCACUGAACACUCAGGUCUUGAUUUGCAUUAGCGCUGCUUUUGGUGGUAUGUUUGUGUGAUUCACAGUUGCCAGACUUAUUUGUGAACUUAGACGUACUUUGUUUAAUGUCGACGAAGUUGCCGCCCAAGAAUACGUAACGUGUAUGGAUUCAUUGGUGUGGCAAUGACUACGGCUCCACUGUUGCUUGACGUACGCGAACAUCAUCGGACCUGGAAUGAGGCUUUUCAAUUUUGGCUUUUACUAUUUUAAAUGAUCUCAAGUUCAUGACGACAAUGCUCUUCUUUCUUCAAAAGUGCACUACAAUAUUUUAUAGCAUUUUAUGUUCUGACGCCGGUACGGAGUAACCAUAUAAAUAUUGCAUUUGACCUUUCUGUAGGUACCAUGUACUCAUGAGAAGUGUUGCAUUCAUAAAGACACUUCCAUUUAGCAGGGACACAGAACGCUCGUGUGUAAAGGUGUCAUUUUAUGAAAAGAAAUGUACAACUACUUUGAUCUGUCUUGCGAGGUUGAUCCGCAGUACCAUAGUAUCACUUUUUUACUAUACGUAGUUCCCAACAUAUCCAUACAAACCCACAUCCAUCUAAGCAUUUAAAAUGCAUGCUCUGACACAUUCGGCAGUUCAGUAUGCGGAUUGCUCCAUGUGGAUUUCUAAGUGCAUAGUCGCAUAUCUAUAGUGGUAAAUAUACCCGCCAUGGUACCUUAGUGGCUAUGUCGUUUGGCUGUCGUGCACGAGGGCCGCAUUCAGUCCCGACCGGCGGGUGCCGCCAUAUUUUCGUGAAGGUGAAAUGUAACAGUGGUCGUGCACAUAGAUCUAGACGCACUUUCGAGGACCACAGCUGGUGGCAAUUGGCUAGGAGGCCUUCGGUAUGGCACCCUCAUAUAGCAAUGAACAGUUGCUGGAAGUUAAACAUCCCAAUUCAAUACUUGGUGUUGAAUAUAUAGACAAUCUACGGAGACAGACGGCAUGCUCACGCUAGAAAUUGUUUUUGUCGUGUUGUGGUAUAUGUUAUGUUAUUCGUUCAACUCCGCUGUAUUCGCUUUCCUAAAACCCUGCACAGUUCUAGAGGAAAGAAAGUCCACGUAGUGCCUUUUCUUCCUAAGGUGAGUCGGCGACUGCAGCACCGCAAUGAAACCUUAUGGGAAACCUAAAGGUUUCCACUGCCUGUCCUCGCAGUCAUGCAAAGUUAAACAAGCUUGCACAAGACACUAGGAUAAUUUUAUUCUUUAGUCGUGAAAGCGAACGUCCGCCACCUUGGCAGCUGACGCGCGAACCGAUUAAGUAGUGUCAAUGAGCCCUACUCCGUUUGUGUAAAGAAAACAAAUCACAAUUGAAGCGUCUACAUACGCAGUAUCUUUAUUUUUUCAACUCCACACAAUUUUAUUUAAGCUUCCCGAGGCAUAUCCCACAUUUUUAAACAAGCUGGAUUGCUGGAGAAGGCGAACAUUGCGCGACAAAUGGUUAUGAAUAACAGACUUAUUAAGAAACAUCCAUGAAGUUUUAACUAGUCACUCUAUGGCUCGUGUUGUCAUUUAUAUAGUGACACGUGU